UUGAUAGAUUUUAAUAAUAAUUAAAAGUUUAUAUUAUAAUACCAUUAUUUAAAAAAAUGUCACUGUUGAGGAAACCUUUACUUGACACUGUCACUUACUUCGUUCAACCCAAGAGAUUCAGAGGAAAAAUAAAUAUACAAAGACCAAAACCCCCACAUUUCACAAAGGCAAAGUACCUAGAGAUUUGUAAACCAAUAUUUGAAUCUUCCAAAAAGAAUAAAACAAUGGUCGAGUUGUGUGGUAUCAAUAAAAAUCGAAAGGAAGAAGAGGUUGAUAAUCCAUUCCAGAGAAUUAUCGCAAAAGAAGCUCUUGGUUAUUUUCAGUCAUCUAGACUUAUAGCUUUCUACCAUUUUAAUCACAUGACCGGUAUAGAGCAGUUUAAAGCCCUUUCAAUGUUUCACAAGGAAGGGAUGCAUAUGAAGUGGCUUGGAAAAAAAACUUUAGAAAUGGCACUUAAAGGAACACCUUAUGAAACUGUGCUUGAUUUUUACAUGUCACGUAAUAUGACUGUUUUCAGUACAGAACCUAAGGUGAAACAAUUGUUGAGAAUUAAUAAAAGAUUUCCACAAUUGGUUUUGUUAGCUGGAAUUUAUGAGGAAAAAUUCUUGAAUUUGGAUGAAUUGAUCAAGUUGAGUAAAGUACCUAGUUUGGAAAUGGCACAAUCUAUGUUUGUACACACUUUGAAUGCAUCAGCUAAUAGGUUACAUAGGCAAUUGAAUUCACAUCAGACCAGUUUAUUGGCUCUACUUGAGGACAGAAAAAAACAAUUAGAUGAUAAUUGAUAAAAAUAAAUUAGAGAUCACUUUU